CCCACUCAGCGUGUAGACGGGACUUCUAUACUUGCUUUCACUAUGGGUCACAACCUGAUCUUCUGUGUCACUGACAAGCGAACAAUGGCGUUCGUCCAGCAGCGACCAGUCCGCAAGUCGCCGCCAAGCCCACAGAGCCAAAGGCUCGCGAAUCGCAACGAUGCACAACACGCCGCAAUCUCCUCCGCCAUCAGCGUCUCCCAUGGCCAACGGCUCGUCGUUCCUGCAAAAGGCUGGCCAUUUGUACAAGAAGACGGGUCUGGGUCGGUCCUGGCGCCCACGCUUCUUCUCGCUCGAGGGCACCGUACUCUACUACUACAAACGCGACGGCGACUCGGUGCCCAAAGGAAUCGUGGUGCUCACAGGCUGCCACAUCCGCGCCACCAAAGACAAGAAGCUCUACAGUUUCCGCAUCUCGCACCCAAAGACCUCCAAGGUCUACGAUCUGGCCGCUACUUUGCCUAGUCGCACAGAGGACUGGAUCCAAGCACUCACACAGGCCUCCACUAUGGUGCAGACCGCCAGUUCCAGUCGACAACUCACGUCCAACGCGUCCAGUAGUAACGUUCUCCUGCCUUUGUCCUCCUCGUCUCAGUCCACUCUUGUGGAUGCGUCGAUCACGGAACUCUUGGACGUCCCAGAGGUGGCCAUCCCUGACGAACACCGAGAUAGGAUGGAAGAGUUGUUAGCCGAGUUUGUGGCUCAAGCACAAGACGAUGCGGAUGGCUGGAAGUUUCAGACGGAGCAGCGAGGCGUUAAGGCUUAUGUGCGUCGUACGUCCAAGACCGGAACCUUUAAGGGUGUGGGUUUUAUUGCUCAUCACCCUCACAAAGUGCUGCAUUUGAUACUGGAACUUUCGAAACGACCCAAGUACGACCCUCAACUGCUUGCCACCCAGCGUGUCCAUGUCUUCAAUGACCACAUGUGGGUAGAUCAUUUGACCUACAAGGCAGUCUUCCCUGCUGCAGCUCGAGAUUUUGUCAAUUUGACCCACUGGCGUGUCCUUCGAGACGGAUCGAUCGUCGUCGUGGCCACUUAUGCUGAAGACGACAGCUUCGUGAAGAACCAGGAGCCUCAGAUCGUUCGUGCCAGAGCGAUCAUGGCUGGAUUCUUGCUCAAACCUAACGAAGACUACACAGGUGUGAACGCCACGUAUAUCACCAAGGUGGACUUGAAGGCAGGGAUCCCUGCUGGUCUCCAGGCCAAGAUGUUCAUCAAACAAGCGUUUGUGGUCGAUGGGUUACGUAAAGCUCUGGAUGAGGACGAGAGUUCUCGACAAUAUGAAUGUGUCACUAACACCACAUCAUUCGGUAUCUCCAUUACGGAUUGUGUGGAAGACGAGGAAGAAGUUUACUCGAUGCAAUCGCAGCCGGCAGAUGUCCAUGACCAAGACGAUCACGGUGAGUCUUCGUUUAGUCGUCGCCCCAGUGUUGUUCCAGAGGAGGGAUUCCCUGCCGUUCCAGAGGAGUAUAGUGAAAUUAUUGAGAAGGCUGUGGCGCGUAUGGAAGCUGAGAUGAACGACGAAGCGUCCUGGAACUUCAUCGGAGACAAGGACGGCGUCAAAGCCUACACCAAAGUGGAUGGCUCACUGACUGCGGCUAAAGGCGUGGGUUACUUACCGUAUCAUCCACGUGCCAUUUGGGAACAAGUGGUUGAUGCCGCCAAGCGAAAGCUCGUCGAUCCUCAACUUGCGCUCGGCAUGAACUUGAAGUCUUUGAACGCUCAGACCAAUAUCGACUAUCUCGAAUACAAGUCCAUGUUCGUGGUCGCUGGUCGAGAUUUCUGUAACCUUGCACACUGGCGUGUGUUGCCUGGUGGGACGAUUAUUGUGGUGGUGCAGAGUAUCGAAGAUCACGAGUUGUGCCCACUCAAAGAACCCAAGGUUGUCCGUGGUGAUCUGCAUCUUGGCUGUACGAAGAUCGUCCCCAAUGCAGCAUACGAUGGCGCUGAAGUGACUACGAUGGUCAAGACUGAUCUCAAGGGCAACAUCCCAGCACGUAUCGCUGGAAAGGCAGCAGCAGACCAGCCAUUCGUCAUCUCUCGGAUGGGUGAAGUGAUCAAGGCGAGACGCGACCUCGACCAGAUCGCAGCUCAAGGGAAACUGACCAACACAUUGUUUGAGCUUCCCCGACCCAAGAAGCGGUCGGCGUCAUUGGGCUCAGCUAAGCUUGGCAGCUCUGUAGUCAAGAACGGAGUCAGCCAGAGUAACGGUACUCCAACGACAGUUGCUACUGCGUCUCAGGUGUCAAGUAAGUCAUCGACGCAGUCCAAUGCACCUGAGGACCAUUCUUCUUCUAUGACGAAGCAACAAGAGAGCAAGGCGAACGCUGUGGAGUCAGGUGUGAUGGAUCUCUCGAAAUCGGGCAAGAAUACCGUGAGCGAUGUUGCCAUGUACGGGAUUCAAUUCGGAGGUGCAGUCUUGGCACUGAAGACCGUGCCUCUGCCGACUGCUGUGCACUUUGUAGCUGUGAUCUCCUUGAUCCUGUUCUUCGCCCUGAAACUCCAUCUUGGUCCCAGUCGCAUGUCACCUCGAAGAAAAAUGAUGAUCUCGACGUUUGGACCUCCAGACAGCGGUAUGAUUCUGGGUAGUCUUCAACUGGACAUGACCAAGACGAACCAGUACAUCGCAGAUCGGCGCAAGGACUCCAACUGCCACCUCACUAUCACGCACAUUGUACUACGUGCUAUCGGUGAAGCUCUGAGCAAGGCUCCGUCAGUGAAUGGCCACUUGGUCUUCGGUAACUAUUACCCUGCACCUACAGUGGACAUCUCUUGCUUGGUUGCAGUGGGUGCUGGUAAAGACCUCGGUGUGUGUCGACUACCGAAAGUCGACAAAAUGACGUUGCAAGAAGUCGUCGAUCACGUUCGUGGAGACGCUACAAAAAUCCGCAGUGGGGAAGACAAGGGACAGGAAGACCGGAACAAGAUUAUGAGUGUAUUGCCCACUUGGGUUCUCCGUCCGAUGGUUAAUUUCUUCGGUUGGCUUGGUAGUGCGUGUGGCUUCCGUAUCCCAGUGGUGGGAGUGGAGCCGUACAUGUUUGGAGCCUGUAUGGUGACGUCGGUUGGUAUGAUGGGGCUGGAUAUGGCCUUCUCUCCUAUCACACCGUACUCUCAAGUGCCGAUGCUCGUGACUAUCGGGUCGAUUAUGGACAAGGCUGUUGUUGUGGACGGUAAAGUUCAAGUGCGUCCGAUGUUGACGCUAACCACGACCAUCGACCAUCGUUACGUUGAUGGAUCGGAGGCAGCUCGCAUGGCCAAGACCCUCAAGAUGCUCGUGGAAGACCCCAACUUGCUUGAAGCAGUUCCUGGUGCCUAAUCUCACCACCCAUAGUACGUGCUUUGAUGUCGUUAUGGUUUUUCCGUGUGGAAGAGAACUCACGUAACAUUCUCAGUCAAGUACUUUAUAUUAUCAAUGCACUAUUGUUUCACUGCGAAGA